AUGGGUGAACCUAUAUCCGAAUCCGAGUUUGCAGCCUUGGCUUUUUAUGCUGGUGAUAGAUCUUGCUGUGAGUUGGGUCAUGGAGUGUUUGUACAGCAAUCGCCACAUAAGCCUAAAACAGAUGUUGAUCCCUGUGAAGUGUGGUGCAGUCAGCCGGUUGACAUAUUAAGAGAAUAUUGCAAUGUUAUUAAAAUACGCAUCUUUUGGCCUCUUCUCUUCAAAAGUGAAAGUAAUUAUUUGGUAGCUGAUUGGAGCAGUUCACAGAUUUUAGACCGGAAUUGGAAGAGACUCUGUGAUUUAGAGGUUUUGGAAGACCUUGUUGAUUUAAUUAAAAAAGUUGUUAACGUUCCACCUUUUAUUGGUGGCAUACUGAGAAUUGGCAGCAGAAUAGAAAAUGGUGUCUUUGAUGUUGGGGAUGCACUUGAUUGGGUCAGAUACACAGGUGAUGUCAGUAUUCUGCAGAGGCUGGAGAAACUUGGUGAUUUUGGUUGGAUCUAUCUUGAAAUUUUCUUUGCUGAAUGCAAACGUUAUAUUACUAAAGUUGCUUUGGAAGAUUGUAAUUUAGUUGAAGAAUUUAAAGCUGUGACCUGUGAAAACUGUAGGAAGAACAGUGAAUCUAUGAAACAGAAAGGAAAUGAGGAAUUUUCCCAAGGAAACUUUGAUCGUGCUAUAAUGUCAUAUACUAAAGCCAUAGAGUUUUGUCCUGCAAACCAUCUUCUUUAUGGAAACAGAGCUCUUUGUUUAAUUCUCACAAGGCAGUACAAGAGAGCCCUUGCUGAUGGAAAAAGAGCCACUAUUUUGAAGCCUAACUGGCCAAAGGGUCACUACCACUUCUGUAAGGCGCUGUCAUUACUGGGGGAACACGAACUGGCUUUGGAAGCUAAUGAGAGAGCACAGGAUCUAUGCAAGAAUGUUCUUGAGGGACUUAAGGAUCUUAUUCAACAAAAUGACAAGUUAAAGAAGACAUUAGAAGAAAUCAGUGGUAUUAAACAACAUAAACAGAAACCAAAGAAGUCGCUUCUUGAGGAAAAAGACUGCAGUUCUUCAGCAUCUCAUUUAAUAAUCUCUCAAAACCAAAAAGAAAUAGAAAGAGACAGAAAGAGAACACAGUCUGAUCCUAAAGAUCCUCAUUGUCAUCAAAAACAUGAUACCAGGGUGACUGACAUCCAAAGAACAGAAAGCAAAGGUUGGUCUCUGGAGUUUCUACCAAGCCAAAGUCAUCAAAACAAAGGAAGGACAAAACCCAAACCUGGUGACUCUGAAAAGACGACAGAUCACCUCGAUUUGAAGAUAGAGUCUAAAACCAUCCAAGAUAAACUCUUCUGUACUGUGCAACAGGUGGAUUUAACUAUGUUGCCAGAAGUGGUUAAAUCCCUUGUUCAUGAUGGUUAUACAGCCUUGAUGGACCAGCGAUGUCACAGUGCUGAACAAGCCUUCUCACAAUUGUUGAGCAUUCUAAAUCCUUCAGAGUUAAAGCAACUGAAUCUUCGUAUUAUUAAUUAUGUUGUAAUCAUCUAUGGACAUGCCACUGCUCUUCUUGGAAUAGGACAGCCUGAGGCAUUGACAAAGGCUGAAGACCAGUUUAAGAAAAUAAUUGAACAGUACCAGGAAGAAAGAUUGGGUUGUUUAGCAUACUAUGGAAUUGGAAAAGUAUACCUCAGGCAAAACAGAUUUUCAGAUGCACUUGAUCAGUUCAUGAAAUCACAAACAAUGGUUAAUCACAAGAUUGUACCUGGAGUAUUAACUUGGCCCACAACAUCUCAGGUCAUUGAAGAGACACGAACAGAGAAUUUACAGUUGAUUUUAAAGAAUUGUAUUGAGGAAUGCAAGUUCCCUCCAGAACCAGAUGCAAUUUGUCGCUAUCAGCAAUGCCAUGGCCACUCCAAAAUCCAAAUAUAUUUUACAGACCCAGACUUUAAGGGCUUUAUACGUAUUACUUGCUGUCAGCAAUGUAGAGUGGAGUUUCAUAUCAGCUGUUGGAAAAAGUUGAAAACAACAAACUACAGUGAUAAAAAUGAUAAGGAUUUUCUUCAAGAAUUGUGUUUCACUCCUGAUUGUACAGGCCUUAUUUCAAAAAUAGUUAUUUUCAGUUCUUCUGGUCUGGUAAAAUGUGAAUUUGAACAAAAAAUCACAAAACCCAAGGAACCACCAAGAGCCACUAUUAAACAGAAAUGUUCAAGUCUUAGGAAUUUAAAAAUGAAACAAGAAAAAAAAUUACGAAGAAAACGUGCACGAGAAGAGGCAAAGAAUUCUGCUAAAAAGAAAAUAGAAGAAAACCAGAUGGGAAAAGAACCAUCUCAAUACAGUGAUCACAGUGGUUAUGUUCAGGAUUUAUAUGCUGGUGAUCGCGUCCUGCAGCAUAUCAGUCGAAAUGCUGAGCAAAUAAAAACAGCUGUUCGCGAUGCUUCCAAACUAUUAAAGGAAUUACUUUCAUGGUUUGUGAUCAGUGAGGAGGAUUACACAUCAUAUUCCAAAACUAACAGCAUGUCCCAUGAAGUGAUGGAGCAGCUCAUCAGCUACUUAAUUCAGGAAAAAAACAGAGUAAAAACAAGGGGGUUUAUCUGUGUGCUGAGUGAGCUGGAAGAAGUGGAUCCCAAAUUACACAAGUGGCUGAAACACCUUAACAACUUGGGUCUGACAGCUACAAAGAACUUUCUCCUUAAAUAUGGACAAUUUUUAAAAGAGCUUGACCUUUCUAUUUUAACCACGCUCUGGAAUGAGAAGUAUGGUAGUAAAUUUGACUAUGUGACAACUAGUUCUGAAGACAAAGAAAUUUGUGAUUAUUUCUUAAAACCACCCCUAGAGAAAAUCCGUUGUUUUAUAUGGCUGUUAGAAGACAACAGAGAAAAUUUUCCAUUUCUUCAUCAAGCUUUAGAUGAAUUCUUUGAUAAAAUGGAUGACCCUACCAUUAUAUUAAAGAAGCAGGGAAAUGAAAAUAUAUCGACUAAUGGUAUCAAAGUUAAAAACAAAACCAGGAAGAAGAACUCAAAAGACUCGAGGUCUAUUUUAGUAUUAUCCAGUGGAGUUAGUACAGCACCACGAGAAGAAGAUAAGAUAUUUAUAGAAGAAAAUACUUUAGAUUUUACAAAUUCUUAUGAACCAUUUGUAAUCCCAGAAUAUCUUCGGGGGCAACUAGAGGAAUUUGAAACUCUCUGUGACUUUUCAAAUAGUAACAGUUAUCAAAGACUUCUGGAUAAUAACCCAGAUCAAACCUGUGAGAGCUUAUAUGAAUAUUUCUCCCAAAUCUUGGAAGAACAUGGCCCUAUGGAAAUUAAUAAUAAAUUACUAGUUGGGGAAUAUGAACAUUUCCCUGAAGAAGCUCAAAAGAUUGUAGAAGAUGAAGGUGGUCUGAAAUCUUUUCUUCUGAAAUCCCUUCGUUUCAUUAUGGUGGACAAUCUUAUUGGCUUAAGAAAGCAUGCAGUUCUUAUUAAAGACAAUGCAAACAGAAAUGAGACUGGAGAUAAUGAAGAAGAAAAUUAUAUAGUCUGUGAUGUACAAGAAAAUUCUUCCCAGAACAAGCUACAGUUAAAUCCAGCUGCUAAGGAAUUCAAACCGCUGUCUCAUCCUAAGCAACCUCAUAUAUCAACAUCUACUGACUUAACAGUAGCAAGUUAUGAGACUCCACAACAUUUGCCCUGGUCAUUUCCUACUUCAUGUAAAUCGGUGCAUUCUUUGCAUAGUCAGAAUAUUGAUACCAUAGAAAAUGAGUCGUCAUUUUCAGGCAUUUUACUAAAGUGCUUUGAUUCUAAAAAUCCUGGUAUAUUUUUGCCUCAGACUUCCUGGGGUUAUCAAUAUGAAAGAAUAUUGCCAGUGCCGUCUCAACUGCCUCUCAUGUCAACUGUUGCCAAGCAACCUAGUUAUAUUUAUGCUGAUCACAUAGCUCAUCAGGAUAAUGACGAAUCAGCAAUUCCAAACAGAAAACACGUCUUCAGCGGUUUUAUACCAACUGAAAUACAAACGUAUGAAGACCCUCAUUGCCAACUGGAGAAGUCGGAUAACGCAUUUUAUGAAGACAAUUUUGCUGUUGCAAAUAGUACAAAUGAAGCUGAAUGUGGUAUACAAGUUAUUAAGACGGAAAAAGAAAGCAGAGGUAUACCUCUAAUGAAAAGCAAUCCUUAUACAAGGAUGAUAGCUGUUCAGGUAAAUCAUGAAGUAGGUGAUAGUGAAACUAAUACUUUGCCUUUUCAUCCAUUUGAAAUGCAACAAGGAGAUAUUCUACGUAUGGAAAAAGAGCAUCAGGUAUUAAAAGAACAACUUAAAGAAGCACAGGAAAAAUAUGAACAGUUACAAAGCCGAAGCUUGGAGGAAAUCAGUGCUUUAAAAGACCUCCUAAAGAAAAGUGUUGAAGAGACUGAGGUAUCAAAGAAUGAACUGGAUUGGUUUCAUCGAGACUUAGAAAUACAAGUGAAAAAAUGGCAACAGGAGAAAAAAGAAAAUCAAGAGAACUUAAAAGCACUAAAGAACACAGCUAAAAAGCAUACAGAUACCAAUGAUAGGUAUUCGAAGACCAUUGAUGAGAAGGAAAAGCAGUAUAACGUAUAUUUAAAGACGUAUCUCGAGACCAGUAAUAAACUUGCUAAUGAGAAAGUAAAAUUAGAAGAGCUUAUAAAAAAGAGUCAAGAUGACUGCCAAGAGUGCGUGAAAAGAGCUGUUAAAGCAGAGAUAUCAGUACUCAAAAACUGGAAGGAAACUGAAGUAUGCAAGCUAAAUGGCAUAGCUGCCAAUGCAGAAGUAAAUCUCAAGAUGUUGAAGUCAUUGAGCAGCAGCUCAGCUUCAGCAGCACCUAAGUUGAAGUCACAGAUUGAUUCUUGGGAAAUAUUUAUUUCAAACGUAAAGAAACAACUGGGAAAAGUAGAGGCUGAGUAUGAAGAAAAAAUUCAGGCGGUGAAAAAUGGUGUACGGAACUGCCUCACUAAAAUGGAAACUGUGGAGCUUCCUUCUCCUCCCAGUGUCUUAACAAAACAAGGCAGACCUCCAGUCAGUGAUCCAGCCAUUGUCAUCUAUUCCUCUGCAUCUGCACAUCCUAAUUUACUUCCUGCAUUUUCAAGUUCUGAAGAUCCAGGUCCAACACAUGCUUCAUCUAAUACACAGGCCGGAGUUAAGCCAGCAUAUGCAAAUUCUAAGUCUUGUUCUGCAAGCGGUGGGUCAGUGAAAACACACUCCAAACCUCUGGAAGGAUCAUAUUCUGAUAAAGUUUUGGCAUCUUGCCCGUCAGGGAUUUCUGGAAGUAAUACUCAGAAUGUCCAGCCACACCAGAACCACCAAGAUGACUCAGCUAUACAACUGAGGCCUUCUGGAUUUCCAAACAACAAAAUGAUUCCAAAAGCAUUUGAAAAUAUUAUUGUGCAUCUACAGAGUAUAUUUCCAAACUACAACAGUUCAGACUUCACUAGCUUCAUAAAAGAUGUACAAAGAAGAAAUGGGAAUACAUUGUCAGGUUUGAGCUUAGACGAAAUUCUAAGCAGAGUGACAGAACUCAUUCUGGACCAGCAAAGUAAGGCACCAACUUCAACAGGGAGACCUGUGAAGUCAACAUCCUGUGCUUCACCAGCACCGACUGGAACUCGGAGUCGGGAAGUACCUGCAGAAGGCAAUGUGCCCAACCCACCCAGCGCAAGACCUGUGCAUAAAAAUCCAUCUCAGCCACAUCUCCAGCCCUGGGGAAAUGUUAGAGUAACACCUAAAUCUAAAUGGAAAAAACUAGACUAUACAGCCUCCAGUGAUGAUCCUUGCACAAUAUGUCAUGAUGAGCUAAGCAGAGACUCAUGUGAACUAGAAUGUGGGCAUCGUUUUCACAGAGAAUGCAUUAGAACAUGGCUUAAGCAACAUUCCAGUACCUGCCCUAUCUGCCGCGUUCAUGCUCUGCUACCUGAAGACUUUCCUGAGCUUCCUGCACGGAACAAAUAUGCCUAAACCUUGUUUUAUUUGAACACGUUACAGUAAGAUGCGAAGUGGCUGCAGAAUAACCACCAUGAUAAGGAACAGAAACAUGAUGCCUAGAAAGAGACAGAACCCUGGCUUUAUUAAAAAUGGUAGUAGAACUCAGACUGAUUCAGUAUUUAAAUACAUGUAGAGUUA